AUGGAUUUCUUCAACACCAAGCAACCCAAUCCCUUAUAUGCUUUCACACAGAGAAGCUCUAAUCGUGAAAGAAUGGGAGCUCUCAAAUAUUGUUCCACUGUUCUUCUAUGCCUCAGUUUACUUACUUUGUUCCCAGUUGUCACAUCCGAAGACACCUUGUCCCAGACUCAAUUGCUCCAACAUGACCAAACCCUUGUCUCGGCCAGCGAUGUCUUUGAGUUGGGCUUGUUCAAGCCAGGCACAACUUCAGAUUGGUACUUGGGAAUAUGGUACAAAAAAAUCCAAGAAAAAACAGUGGUUUGGGUUGCCAAUAGAGACACCCCGCUUUCGAAUUCGUACUCAGCAACUCUCAAAAUCGGCGAUCAUGGAAACCUUGUUCUUGUUGAUGAAGAAACAAAACAAAUAGCAUGGUCAUCCAAUGAAACCCAAGCUGUGAACCCAAUUGCUCAGCUUUUAGAUUCAGGCAAUUUAGUCCUCAAAGAAGCAAACUCAACCCGAAACGGCACAACAGAUGAGUUCCUUUGGCAAAGCUUUGACUACCCAACAAACACUUUGCUGCCAGACAUGAAGUUAGGGUGGAACCUAAGCACAGGAUUGGACAGGUACAUAACCUCAUGGAAAAGAAUAGAAGACCCAUCGACAGGGGACUUUUCUUUCAAGCUAAAUCACCAGGGUUUCCCGGAGAUUUUCUUGUGGAACAAACAGAACAUAACAUACCGGAGCGGCCCCUGGAACGGGGAGAGGUUUAGUGGCGUGCCGGAGAUGACUGCAUCAAACAAUAUACGAUUCGACUUCGUUGCAAAACCUGACGAGGUCUACUAUUCCUAUUCGAUCCUGGGCAAUUCGGGACCAAUAUAUUCACGGUUGACAGUGAGUCCAACUGGGGACCUCCAGCGCUUUAUUUGGAUCGAAAGCGCAAAGAUAUGGAACCAAUAUUGGUACGCACCAAAAGACCAAUGUGACAGAUUUAGAGAGUGCGGUCCCUACGGUGUUUGUGACUCGAAUGCUUCGCCAGUGUGCAAGUGCUUGGAAGGGUUUGGGCCCAAGAAUUUGCAGGCAUGGAACUUGAGAGACGGGUCAGAUGGGUGCGUGAGAACAACAGAGUUGGGUUGUUUGAAAGACAAGUUUUUGGUUUUGGAAAACAUGAAAUUGCCCGAGAGUGGGGGUGCUUUUGUGGAUAUGAACAUGAGCCUGGAGGCGUGUAAGAAAACGUGUUUGGAGAAUUGUAAUUGCACUGCAUAUUCUGAUGCAAGGAUUUCAAAUGGAGAAGGCUCAGGUUGUGUCAUGUGGACUGGGAAGCUCAUGGACUUGAGGCAAUACGCAGAAGGCGGCCAAAGUUUCUAUGUUCGUUUGGCAGCUUCUGAGCUAGAUGGUGAUCAUGGGAAAGCAAAACGAGUGAUCAUGAUUGUAGUCAUUACAGUUAGUAUUUGCUGCAUUCUAAUGCUAUCGGGACUUGUCAUCUAUUUUCUACGGAAGAGGAAUUUGAAUUUGCCAAUUGUGCACAGAGAAUCCUCAAAGCCAAAAGGUUCUUUUGAAAGAAACUGGGAUAGUCUGCUAAGUGAGGUAGUUAUCUCAAGUAGGAGGGAUUUCUGUUCAAGGGAAAGGAGCAAUGAUGAGCUAGAUCAGUUGCCAUUGUUUGAUUUUAACACUCUAGCAGUGGCUACGGAUAACUUUUCCAAUCGAAAUAAGUUGGGGGAAGGCGGUUUUGGGUGCGUUUACAAGGGCACGCUGGUUGACGGUCAAGAAGUUGCUGUCAAGAGGCUUUCGACGAAUUCUGGACAAGGAACUGAAGAAUUCAAAAACGAAGUAGAUUUAAUUGCGAGGCUUCAGCACCGAAAUCUGGUUCGACUGCUUGGUUUCUGCAUUGAUGAGGAUGAAAAGAUGCUCACCUACGAGUACAUGGAAAACAAAAGCCUGCAUUCCAUUUUAUUCAGUGAAGCAAAGAGGUCUAUGCUGGAUUGGCAAAAGCGUUUCAAAAUUAUCUGUGGGAUUGCUCGAGGGCUUAUUUAUCUUCACCAGGAUUCCAGACUUAGAAUUAUCCACAGGGAUCUCAAGGCAAGCAAUAUUCUACUUGAUGGAGAUUUGGCCCCCAAAAUCUCCGACUUUGGAAUGGCUAGAUUGUUUUGUAAUGAUCAGACAGAAGAAAAUACCAGAAGAGUGGUGGGAACAUUUGGCUAUAUGGCUCCCGAAUAUGCAAUGGACGGGCAGUUUUCGACCAAGUCUGAUGUCUUUAGCUUUGGUGUUUUGGUGUUGGAGAUCAUUAGUGGUAAAAAGAACAAGGGAUUUUAUUCCUCAAACACUGAACUAAACCUCCUAGGAAAUGCAUGGAAGCUAUGGAAUGAAGGAAAGGGGUUGGAAAUGAUAGAUCCUGAUGUUGGGGAAUCGUAUUCCCAUUCUGAGGUCUUGAGAUGCAUGCAAGUCGGCCUCUUAUGCGUCCAAGAGCGUGCUGAAGAUAGGCCAACAAUGGCCUCUGUGGUUUUGAUGUUGAGCAGUGGAACUGCAACAACAAUGCCUAACCCUAAAAACCCUGGUUUUUGCUUAGAAAGGACUGAGAGUGCAGUUGAAGCAGAUUCAUCCUCAGACAAGCAGGAAGAAGGCUACAGUGUAAACCAAGUAACAAUUUCAACGCUAGUUGGUAGGUAG